UUUAUCACUUCAGUUCUGUCUUACAACAUGAGAUAGCACAUUCUAUUUUUUUACAUUCUUUCUCUGUGAAUUAUUUGUUUUCAAGAGGAAGCACGCGAUAAUAUAUUGUUGCGAAUAUAUCUUAUAGCACACACAAAACGAUUUUGGAAAUAUACUUAAAUCGACUGAUAUACUUUUAUCGCCAAGUCACGAAGUCACGAAGUCACUUAAGUUAUAAAGUUCAUUCUUACAAUGAGUGUUUUUGUGAUACUGAUGAAAUCACCAUCCAUGCAUAUUUUUAACUUCAGCUUCACAGCGACAAGCCAAGCAAGAUGUUACUCAAAAAUUGGAUUUGUCGGAUUGGGCAAUAUGGGCAGUCAUAUGGCGAAAAAUCUGUUGAAGAAGGGCUACAAGCUUACUGUAUAUGACGUGAACAAAUCGGCGGUGGCGAAUUUAGUGGAGGCGGGUGCAAACAAUGCACCAAAUGCAGCUGAAAUGUCGAAGGAUGUUGAAGUCGUUAUUUCAAUGUUACCUUCGAAUCAACAUGUUCUCGAUGUUUACACCGGCGAAAACGGUACACUCAGUACAGCGAGAAAGAAUACUUUAUUAAUCGAUAGCAGUACUGUCGAUCCAUCUGUAUCUCAAACGAUCGCAUUGCAGGCUCGGAAACAUAAUUUGAGAUUUAUGGAUAGCCCUGUAUCGGGAGGUGUAAAUGCGGCCAAAGAUGGGACUUUGACAUUUAUGGUAGGUGGUUCAAAAGCAGAUUUCGACGAUGCAAAAUCCGUACUCGAAGUUAUAGGAUCUAGGAUUGUACAUUGCGGCGAUGUAGGCAUGGGUCAAGCCGCGAAGUUAUGUAAUAAUAUGUUAUUAGCUAUUAGUAUGAUUGGCACCGCCGAAGCAUUCAAUCUGGGACAAAAACUGGGUUUGGAUGCCAAAGUGUUAGCCGACAUUAUAAACUCCAGCUCAGGUAGGUGCUGGUCUUCCGAUCUCUACAAUCCGGUUCCGGGAAUCCUGCCCAAUAUCCCUAGUUCGAGAAAUUAUGAGGGUGGUUUUGGUACAACAUUGAUGGUCAAAGACUUGGGAUUAGUGCAGUCCGCUGCAACCAGAACACAAGCACCGAUUCCUCUCGGUUCUUUGGCACAUCAAAUUUAUAGAGCAGUCAUUGCGCAAGGAUUCUCGACUAAAGAUUUCAGUGUAGUUUAUCAAUUUCUUAAAGGUAAAAAUUGAAAAAAGACUAGAAUAUAUUAAUUUUAUGUUUUUAUGAUAUAUGUAUAUAUGUAUAUAUGUAUACUGUAUAUACAUACAUAUUGUCUGUGAAUGAAAUAAAUGAAUUUUAUAUUUGUGUUGUAUA